ACGUUGUCGGCGCCCAGGGCACGGUAGUGACGUGUGGCUGCUCUAUACAGGAAAACACGACCUAAUAAUCCUUCACAACAUUUCCUCCUCUGACUUAUCAUUGAUAAUUAAAUUCCGUAUGUGUAAUAACAACACAUACAGUAAUUGACAGCUGUUUGGCUCAUAAGAGUGCUGGGUUUUUUGUGUUUUUUUACGGCAUUUGCGUGAUUCAGUUGGUGACGGAGUAAGUCAUUCGUCCGCGGUGUGCCCUUAGCGCUGCAGUACUACAGUGGCGUGCGGCACAGCACCACCAGGUCUCUAUCGGUCUGUUUAUCUCGCCACACACCUCUUCACCAUGAUCUGGACCGUGAACUACAAGACUGGCGGGGCAUCAAAACCCUUGCCCUACAGAAGGUGGGUCGGUCUGGUGGUGCUGGUGCUCUUGGUAGCAGCAGCGGCUGGCCUCGCCUACCUCUACUUCUGGCAGUAUACUGGAGAGGUCUUCCCCAUCGUCAAGUUCGAGGACCAGCUCAGGGAGGUGUGUGCUAACCCCCGUCUACCACCACUGGAGUACCGUGGGGCCCAGAGCUUCUUCGAAUACCUGAACAAAGUCGAUGACGAACACUGCUACUCCUGGGUUGAGUUUGGCGGCGAGAAAAUACCGGUUCCCUCUCAGAGUGAGACGCAGUGCGUAGACGAGGUGCGCAAGACGAAGUACAUCUGCUUCAACGAGGAGUACAAGAUGACUCACGACCCUUGCCUUGUCUACAGCUUCGGGAAGGACGUCGACAAUCAGUUCGAGAGAGACAUGCAGAUGUUCAGCUGUGAGGUCCACGCUUUCGACCAUGAGAGGGUGACGGAAGCGGAACACGUGCAGAGGUCAGAGUUCUGGAAGGAGCACGCGUGGAACAUCGCCCAGUUUCCCUACGAUAAACCUGAAGGGGAGGGGCGGAUUCAGCGUCGCCGCUCCCUCGACUACAUUGCCUCCUCCCUUGGACACAGCGGGCGAGAGAUUAAGUACCUCAAGAGUGACUUGGAGGGCAGGGAGUGGAUCCUUCUCAAAGAAGUCAUUUCCAACCUCCACAAGCUGGAUAUACAACAGAUUGGCGUCAGACUCCAUAUUCCCAUCACGGUGAACGAGAUGAGUGGUGAGGCGAGACAUCAGUACUUCGCCAAGCUGUUUCAGGUGUUCCAGGGGCUACAGUGUGCAGGGUACAAGUAUGUGUUGGGUCGAGCCAUCAGGUACUACAAGGGCUCUAUCAAAAUACCCGAGACGGAAAACAAGGUUUUCUACCCAGCCUACGAGGUUAACUGGGCCAAGGUCCUGUAGACACCAUCUAUUAUGGAAGAGUUGUCUUGAUCUCAUUCUACCCCUCUGAGACAGGCAGUGUAAGGAGUCUUGAUGGAGAGUGUAAGGGGGCGAGAUAUAGAAAGACCAAGUCGUCUUUGGUCGCCUUGUUCAACAUACUGUUCUUCAUCAUCAUUAUCUUAUUCUCUUGUAGUUUUUCUCUCCAUUUACCUUAUUCUACUCAUUUUAUUUUCAUUUCAGCUGAUUCACAAGAUUUUCAUAUUUAAUAUUCAACUUACAAGCAACAUUUUUUUACAGCCAUCUCGACAUAAGCCAAAGAAGAGAGAUGAUAGGCAAGUCACUUAUGAGCAUAUCUUGUUCAAGUAAAAACCUGAUUUUUUUAUUACUGUACUUUGAUUUAAUUGUGCAAAUCAAGUACCUGUACCAGUAACCCAAUAUUUUAGAGUGGACUAAUUCUUGCUGUUUACUGAUAAAGUUUUUAUAUUCAUUUGUCAAGGUGACGUUUUUAGUGUCUUAUAUUUUAUUGAAUGUAUAAAUCAGUUCGUGAUGAGGGAAAUUAGCUCUUAAGUACAGUACAGUAUAGUUGUGGGUUUGUAUACUGUGACUACGAGAAUUAUACAGGAGCUGUGGGCAGAGGUAAAGCUCCUGAGAUCGUACUGUACCUGUACUGUGUAUGUACUUGCAUAUAUAAAACUUUAGAAACAUAUUACUAACAACAAAAUCCAGAAUACAAUACUUGUAUCAAACUGUUCUCUCACCAAUUAAUUCCAAUAAAUGUCUUUCCUCCAGUG